GGGAGCGGAGAGGAGGGGCGGCCCGCAGGGGGGGCCGGGCCGGGGCGGCGGGCAGGAUGCUGAGCCGCCUGCAGGAGCUGCGCAAGGAGGAGGAGACGCUGCUGCGGGUGAAGGCGGCGCUGCACGAGCAGCUCACCCGGCUCAAGGUGGAGGAGCUCGCGCUGCAGUCCAUGAUCCGCUCCCGCGAGGAGGACGUGGCCGCCGCCCCGGGCGCGGAGGACCCCCAGCAGAUCCUCGGGCAGAUGGACAACGAGGCUGCUAUCAAUCAGACCGAAUUACAGCUGAGCAUUCGAGAUCAUGAAGAGGAGGCGGAAGAGGAGGAGGAAUCGGAUUCUUGAGGGAGAAAAGAGUCAAAGACGGUUUUUAAUACAGACUCAGGAAUUUCUUCUCCAUUCUUGCCAACAGACAUUCAUGUCGUGCUGUGUGGGCUGUAUGACAUGCUGGGCUCCUGGAGUCCCAGGAGGUUACCUCUGAGGACACAAAUGCUCCAGGCUUGGCAGACUUUGAAUUAGAUGUUAAAAGAAUGAGAACUUGCUGCACCAGUAUGUAGCAUAAUCCGUUUUGCAAACCUAACAUGUAGCUUCUUACAUCUUUAUACAAGGUAAAAGUCGUUAAUUGAGUCUGGCUAAUUUAACACAGUAAAAGCAAUAAUUUGUCCAUUCUUAUUUGCUGUCGCUGAAAAAUAAAACCAGGCCGCCGAGGCUGGUUGUGAACCAAUGAUUAUAUAGUAACCUCAUUUGCUUAAACUGGGAACUUAAAGAUAGGCAGUGAGAAAAGAUGCGUCCAGCAGCGUCUCCGGGCUUUCUGCUGCAGUGCUUUCAGUGACAGAGGCACCUCAGCAUCCAUGUCCUGUAAGUGUGGCCCACAGAAGCUGUAGUUGUUCUCUCUGCAGGAGCAGCAGACAGCGCACUGCUGCCCUGGUACUGAGUGCAGUAGCAAGGGAGCUCUCGUGUCCCUACAGGUGCUGUUUUUAAGUACUGUCAGGCUGAUGUAACAGCCACGUUUUUCUUAUUGCUCUUUCAGCACAGCAGUUAAUUGGCCUUUUACUCUUCCACAAACUGUACGGUAAGAAUUAGUCCAUAUUAGUUGUAAUAAGGAACUAAUUUUUUUUUUAAUUAUUUUUCUUUCUCCCUUAGAGUGAAUUUGUAGUUCAAUGCCAGUCUGCCUUCCACUUUAAAGUUACGUAUAAGGAGUAUGAGAGAUUAAAAUUUACUUGGAAAGUGAUGCAAAGUCCCUUCCCAGCGUCCUUAAUGCUACAGUGACACGUUCAUACUGCUCCUAUAGGUACACAGUGUGUUCUUCCUCUUCAUGGGAUGCGGACACCAAGUGGAGCAGUUGGUUAUUUGAGCAGUUCUUAAAGACUUGCUUUGAAGCAUGCAAAAUCAAACUCUGUUAAGCUGAUGAAAAGCAGACAACUAAAAAUAACAUCCUUAGCCACUUUAUCAAACUGUCUUAUCAAGAAAAUAGCCACAGCAAUCCAGGUUGGUCACUGCACAGCCAGCUAAAGGUGCUAUUACUGUCUCUGGCAUUAACAGCUCAGAGAAAAUAAAACCAACCAUUAUCUGGAGUUUACCUUUAAGAGCAGGAAAAGAACAGAGGAAAGCAUCCAGUAUUGUGGGUGUCAUCAGAACACUUGCUUCAACCUCCACUAACUUCCUGCCACUGUUUGAAGAGUGUAUUUGGCUCUUAUUUGGCUUGUAGCUAUUGGAAUAGAACUUCAGAAUGUAAUUCCAGCUUCAUCCUGUACUAAAGACUAAUUGUUUUUUUGACAAGCCUGGAUGUCCUAAUGAAGGAGCUUGGAAUGUGAGUUCAAAACAUUUGGCAAAGCCUUCCUGAGACUCACAGGAGAAAAAUAAAAAGCCUGAGCAAGAAAUGUUAUGGCUUGGAGUGUCAAAUGGUUCUUUGGAGGCAGAUGGAGAGUUGGUUUGUAAGCAUCUCAGUAGUCAACCCCUCUUGCACAGUGCAGUGCCCAGCAUGUUUGUGGCACUGGGCUCAGCCCCAUCUCAGCACAGGAACACCUGAUUCCUGCCACACCUCUGCAGAGCACCUCUGGAGCUGCUGUUCCACCUCCAGAGACAAAUUUUGACCUUUGAAAAAGUGUUAUGUGGCCCCAGCAAAUUACCAAAUAGCUUUCAUGUCUAUACUGCAUCUUCUUUCUCCCUGCUGCUUUUUCUGAACCAGGACCUUUGAAAUAAAGUCCAGCAAUCUGCUCUCCGUGUU